AUGGCAGUGAAAGAGAAUGGCCAAGUGGCAGAGGCCACGGUCAAGACAAGUGGGCGAACGGAUUUUGAGAAGCCUCGGAAGAGGGGCUUUGUGCGAUGGACGGUUGGACUUAUUGUGAGGCUUUGCAUCUGGUAUGCGCUUGUGACACCAUUCCUGAGAUGCCCGACCAACCUCGCAGACCUUACGGAGACAUCGCCUCGAGUCUGCAAGCCCUACCUGAUUGCCCGUUCGCACGUGGAACCUUAUAUCACGCCAUAUUAUGAUACCUAUGCGGCACCUUAUGUCGAUCAAGCCCGUCCAUACGUGGAGGUUUUGAACCAACGAGUUUAUACCCCGGCGGCCAAGGUUGUCACAUCAGGAUAUGAAAAGUAUGGAGCACCGGCUUUGGUAAAAGCUCAGGCCUAUGGGCUCGAGCAAUGGCAACUGCAAGUCAACCCAAGAGUCAAGAUUGCUCAGGAUAAGGUGCACCAGCUUUAUCUGGCCGAGAUCAACCCCUAUGUCCAGCAGGCUAUCGGUGUUGUCUCACCUUACUAUCAGAAGGCUAGCAACGCUGUGGUCACCGUCUGUCAGGGCCAUCUGGUGCCUCUUUACGCACGUUCCAUGCCUUUCAUCGGAAAGGCGUACUCUACUACGCAGGGUGUCAUGGUGACUCAUGUCAUGCCGAGGGUACAGUAUACUUGGUCGUCAGCCGUUUACUUUGCCAACAGCUCGCUAUGGCCCCACAUCACUGGUCUUUACUCGGAGCAAGUGGAGCCCCAGCUGGUCAAAAUUGGCCAGCGUUUGGCCAGUUACAGGGAGGGCAAACGUCUUCGCGCUGUCGUAGAGGAAGUGGAUAGUACUGCAACCGUGCAACCCGUUAUUUCUUCAAUCACCAAGUCGCGCGAACCGACCCACACCACGAGUACUGUGAUUCCUACGUCCACAACCCAGCCUCCUAGCCAACCCACCCUGUCUCCUACCGAGCAAGCACAGCAAUCUCGCGAGCAGAUUGACUCCGACCUUGAGAGGUGGCAAAGCAAAUUCUCUCUCGCGGCUGACAAAGCCAUUGAAGACCUUGAGGAACGUAUUGGCGAAAUCGUGUCUGCUCUGGUUACCAGCAGUGCGGAGAGCCAUGGUCAGAGCCUUUCUCUGGCGCUUCAAUCCGUCUCUGCCGAACAGCUUUCUUCGGUUAAGCGAAGAAUUAAUGAGCUCGCCGAAUUGAUGCCAGAGGAGGACGCCCCAGAGAUUGAGAAGUCCACCAGCGACUUGCUGGUAAAGGAAAUUCGAACUUCUGCUAUCUCCGUCAGAGAUCGUGCCCAUGCUCUCCGCGAGUGGUCUAUUUCGUUUGAGGACGAACUCGUUCGCCGAGUCACUGCUGCGGUCAAUUCGACACUAGAUGUCCUCGACAAUAUUCGCGAUCUGGGCUUACAGGAAAUUGGCAUGCGCUGGGCGUGGAUGGAUAGCGUCACAUACAAAGACUGGGCCAAAUACCAUGCUCUCAAAGCUCAACUUGAAGAAUGGCGUAACGAGAUUCGAGAUGUCGGCAUGAACCACAAGUCGGUGUCUGAUGCCAGAACCGUCGCAAGCGAGAUCUUGGACCAGGGCAUGCAUGAAGCCGAAGAAGCUGCCAGAGAACUUGUCCGGUUGAAGGAGGUUGGGAUUUGGAAGAUCGCUGCUCGUGAAGUAAGCGAUAACUUCGACACUCGCACCGAGGCCCCGCCAGCGAGACCCAAGCCUCAAGUCGAGACCGAAGCUUUGGGCGAAGAGACCGCAAGCCAGAGUUCCUCCCACGAUGACUAUUCCGAGACGGUGUCAGAGUCAGUCUCAGUGGAUCAUGCUUCAGAACACACCACCACCGUUGAUGCGUCUUCCACGACAGCUGACUUCGAGGCGGAGUUUGACGGCGAUGCCGAGUCUUACAUGACCGAUGAUAUUGUGGUAGAGGAACAGCCCUCCGCAAGACCGGCUUUCGGUGUUGCUGCUGCCGACGCAAACUCUCGACAAGCGCCCAUCAUCGAUGAGGAUCAGGAUACCCUGCACAAUCUGGCGAAAAAGGCUGGUGACGCUUAUGCUGAGGCGAGCAGUGCUGUCAGCGAAGCGAUCUACGGCGCAUCCGCCACGCCCGGAGUUGGCGAGAAGGCAGCAUCGUUGGCCAGUGAUCAGUACGCCCAUGCUUGGUCCGCUGCCUCGGCCGUACUAUAUGGUACCCCUUUGAGUCCCGGAGAGAAGGUUUCCAGUGUUGCCUCUGGGAAAUAUAAUGAGGCUAUAGCCGCUGCAUCCUCCGUCAUCUACGGCACACCGACACCGGUCGUCCAGUCUGUGAUUGGUGGAGCCAGCUCAGCAUUUGCUGAUUCCACAGAGCAGGCUAAGAUCCUCUAUGAGAUUGCGAAAUCUCAAGUACUAGGUCAAAUGGCUCAAUCCAGCGUUCCUGCUCACGCCCAGCUCCUGGCCUCCAUUGAGUCGGCUUAUUCCGGGUCUCUCAAGUAUGCCACAGAGGAGCUGGAGGCGAAGCUCCAUGCAGUUCGGGCUACCCCCACGCCAUCCAGCGCCGGGCCCUUGGCCCAAAUCUCGUCAAUUGCAUCAUCUCGGUUGGACCAAGGACUCAGCUUAGCCUCCGAACAACUAGCUCAGCUCCAGCCAACAAAAGCUAGCCCGUCUGGUCUCGAACCAUUCGUCCUCGAUGCGCAGCGCCGCUAUUAUGAAGCAGUCGGAUUGGCCCACGAGCACUAUACUGCAUUUAUCUCUACGGCAUCUGGUGCAGUCUAUGGCAGCCCCGCUCCCACCCCGGCUCCCGGAAGUUUCAAGGGAAUCAUUGAGGAGGCAGGAUCUCAAUACGAGCGCGCUUCUUCGUUGGCUUCUGCCAGCCUGGCCGCUGUCGUCGCAUCGGCAAGCUCAAUUAUCUCUUCUGCAGACGACGGCAAAGCACAAAGCAUCAUCGAUGAUGCCUCAUCCAGAUACAAUAACGCUCUUUCUGCAGCUUCUGCCUCCCUCUCUAUGGCUUCCGUUUCAGCUAGCUCAGUGGUCUAUGGAACCUCCACAGGUCCUGUGGAGUCUCUUUCGAGUCAGGUUUCUGAGAAUUGGGAACAACUCGUAUCCAAGGCCAGUGAGCAGAUCUACGGUGCACCCACACCGUAUCUACAGCAAGUGGUGAACAACGGGCGUCCGCAGUUUGAGGCAGUACAAGAACUCGUCUCCGAGUUGAUUGUGGGCAAGCAGCCUUCAUUCACCGAAAGCGUAUUGAGUAAGCUGCGUUCUGCAUAUGAGACCCCAUACCCUGUCACCGCCGUCUCCUCUGCCUCUAGCUAUAUCAGCGAGGCUUAUGGAUCUGCGUCAUCUGCCGCCGCUUCUAUCGUUUCAGAUGCCCCCAGUGUAGAAGAGAUUGUGCAGCGCGCGAAUGAUCAACUCCAUGCUGCUGUCGACGCUGCCAGUGUUGGUAUCUACGGAACUCCCAAGGGUUCUUAUGAGCAGGCCACCGAUGCCGCCGCUGACGCCUACGCAACGGCUUCAGCUCAAAUCAGCAGUGCCGUCUACGGCAAGGAGUCUGGCUAUAUCGAUGUCGCGAAGGACGCCAUUGAGGAUAUCCAGUCUAAAGCCAGCGCUGCUAUGUACGGCGAUGAGCCCAAUGCAAUCGAGAGCGCCACAGUCCGUCUCGCCGGAGCUGUUGAGAGUGCCAAGUCUCAGCUGGCCGAUCUUGCUGCCAGCGCUAGCAGUCUCGCAUCUGAGGCAGUCGAGACUGCCGCAUCCCAUGCUGACGAUGCGACGAGCAGCAUCAAGAGUGCUGCAGCUUCAGUCAAAGAUGAGCUGUAA